CCGAAAUUAGCCGAACGAGUGAGCGAGCGAGCACAAGUCAAGGAAGACGAAGAAACUAAAAUCUGUCGUUCACAUUAGUGAUGUAAAUUUUGAAAUUUUAACAAAAUGAUAUUGUAAAAGCUAAAAAGGAUAUUCUUAUUUUGAUUUUGAUUGUAUCUUAGUGAUAUUGUUUUGACUUUCAUAUUUCUGACUCAUUUAUAUCGUUGGCAAAGUGCUAGAGUUCAGUGCGUGUGCAAGGGUGGUAACGAGAAAUGUGAUGUAUCUAUGAAGUUCAGGAUUCUAAGGCCGUUUAUUUUAUAAGUUUAAAUAAUGAGCGGACGCCCAAGGACCACGUCAUUCGCCGAGGGCAGCAAAUCCGUUCGAAAGACAUUCGAUAAUCAACCACCGAAACCACCUCUAGGAGGCGUAAAAAUUAGUAGUAAGUACCAUCUAACCAUUCUUUUGUCGGCCAUCGUGAUUUCUUUGCGCCUGUGACGUAUUUCAAUGCUGACAAUUUCAAAUAUGGCUGCAGACUAUGUUCAAUAUUAUAAAAAAAUUAGAAACCCUGAUUAUUUUAGGAUAAUCAAUAUCGACCACAUAAAAGUUCGCAGCAUUUCAAAAAUGGCUACAGCCUGCCACAUAGGCCUGGCAUUGUGACAGCUUUAACGUCAAAUUAUCGAAUUCUGAAAGCGAGUCGUCGUAGGUACUCCAAUUUUUAUGUUACGAAUAUCUUUAGUAAUGAUUAGCAUAGAAUUUUUGAUAUAGCAAAUUUUAUUGCGAACUAGCUACUAUAUCUCCUAGGUUAAAAUUAGUCACAAGCAUGCAUAAUUAACUUUACUAAGGUAGGGGCUUUGAGGUUACUUCAAUAUGACGUAAUUUUAAUUCACUGCAUUUAUAUUAAACAAAUUAAACUUUAACUUAUCGUUCCACACAUAUCAUCUCAAAAACAUGUAAUUUAUUAAAAAAAAAACUUUUAUGGGGGGUAAAUAAUUUAAUUAUGAUUAGGUACUCAAAAAGCAUUACAACAUAAACGGGUACUGGAACAUUUAUCAAAUUUAAUAAAUGAUUAAUUUUCUGAUUUUAUCAGAAAACUUCUAAAUUAUCCACCUACAAGAUUCUAAUAGGAUUACCCUUCCGUCUUUUUAAUUUUGCUUAUGUAUUAAAAACAAACAUUUCUGAGAUGUUCUACUAGAACUAUCUCAAAACUAAUUGUCACAAUUAUAAUAUUGAAACUUUGUUGAAAAAUAGAAAUUGUAUAAUCUUUUAUUCCAUAUUCGUUAACAGUAAUGACCCACAGUUCAGAAAUAUGACAAAUAUUGGCACUCUUCCUUCUACAUUAAGGUGCCUCUUGGGUUUUGCUUAUUGGCUAAUCUUUAUUAUAACAAUUUUUACCUACCAGUUAUUUUAUGUAUAACUGAUUACCUACCAGGUAUUUUAUGUAUAACUGAUUAUAAAUCAUAAUUAAGCAGGUACAUUUCUAAGUAAAUACUAAAAAGGUGCUAAAUAGCAUUUAUAUAUUUUAACAAAAUUUCAUUUUUAUUCAUUGUUGGAAUUGAGUCCAACAAAUGAAUAAAAAAUAAUCAAGUUAAUUCAAGUGGUUUAUAUAAGAAUAAUGUGUCUGCUGUUUAUAUUAAUAAGUAAACAUAUAAUUGAAUAUGCUUAUACACCUGAUUAUAAAGACUACAGAUUGGGAUAACUUAUAAAGGGCAUAAACAGCUUUGUAUGAAGUUUUACAGGCUAAUAAGGACAAUAACCCUAGGGCUAGUAGGGUACCAGUUGCAUUGCAGACUAUUAAAAUGUUUAAAGUGUCAUAAUCACUAUGAACAGCAGUUAACCUUAAUUUUAGCAUUAUGCAAUAUUUUUAUAUCUGAUUAUGCCACUUUUCUGUUGGAAUAAGCCUGAAAAAACUGUUACUUUGCUGUUAAAAUUAAUGAAUCAAUAAUUUAUCACAAUCAUACAUAUUUAUUUAUUUUGUUCACACCAAUUGUCCCUCAUUGAGUAACAUAAGAUACAUGUUAAAAAAAUAUUAUAAACAUGACUCCCAUAACUACACCUAAGCUUUAUAGAUAAUCAUCAUUGUUAUAUCAUAUAAUAAAUACCAUCUCACCAUAUACCCAUUGCAAAGCUGACAUUGUAAUAAAAGUACAGUUUCAGAGUAAAAAAAAUAUAAAUUGAACAUUUGUAAUAAACUUCUAAACUUUUCUAGUAUGCUGUCCAAAACAUACUAAUACUAGCCUAUUGCCUACAAGGGUUUCGGAAUAUGUUCUGUCCAUCAGCAGAAGCUUUUACAAUCUGAUUAUUCUAUUUUUUUUACUCUCAGUCAGUCCAUCAUAGAAUAUAUUUGGUUUAUUAAACCAGAUCAAAUUGACUUAUCCUAACAAUAAUAGCUACACAAAACCUGAGUUAUGUCAUGUAUCUACGUGUUUUAUGUACUAUUGUUAUCUCGAGCGUUAUCAAUAACUGUCAAUCUCGCUAUCUCGCGGUCGGCAUGAGCGCCGUUUCAUCCUAUCCAUUCGCGGAAGCUCCGUGGUAACGCACUCUCAGUUUUCGUCGAGUCGCCUUUCGCUCGGGGCGUUACAGUCGAGCGACGUGGUCGCAGCCGGUGCAUGUUGCAAAACAACCAAAUGGUUCGUUAACCCACUUCCUCAAGUCAGUGCUGCACUGUCGCUGUUAUCCGGUGCGCGAACAAUCUUUAAACAAUCGUGGUUCGCAAAUUAUAGCAAAUUCUCAAAUCGUCCAGCCAAUAUUCACUAGAUGCAUGUCGUGUCGAAAUUGUAUCCGAUUCUAAACAAAAAUGCAUGACGCAAAAGUUUAGUGAUAAUGAUUGUGUGGUCGGUGGAGUGCGACAGCCUUCAUGUGGAACUCGACAAGUGGAUAAAAACAAUGUUGAAACGGCGCGGCACUUACAUCGUCAACUCCGACCGCGAUGUUCGUCGCGACAGGGCCAAGUCAGAAGAACCUUCCAUGUUACUGCUAAAAAAAAUUGGCAAGGACGGCUCCAAGGUGACGACUGUGGUAGCGACGCCGGGCCAGGGCCCCGACCGGCCCCAGGAGGUCAGCUAUGCCGACAUGAAGCUGAUCGGCAAUGGCAGCUUCGGCGUCGUCUACCAAGCGAAGUUGUGCGACACCGGCGAGCUCAUUGCCAUCAAGAAGGUGCUUCAGGACAAGAGGUUUAAGAAUCGUGAACUUCAGAUCAUGCGACGACUGGAACAUUGUAAUAUUGUAAAAUUGAAAUACUUCUUUUACUCUAGUGGAGAAAAGAAGGACGAAGUGUACCUGAAUUUGGUGCUGGAGUAUAUACCUGAGACUGUGUAUAAAGUGGCACGUCACUACUCCAAAGAUGAACAAACAAUACCCAUUAGUUUUAUAAAGCUAUACAUGUACCAGUUGUUCAGAAGUCUCGCGUACAUCCAUUCACUGGGCAUCUGCCACCGGGACAUCAAGCCACAGAACCUUUUGCUCGACCCGAAGACGGGCGUGCUCAAACUCUGCGACUUCGGCUCGGCGAAGCAUUUAGUACGCGGCGAGCCCAACGUCUCCUACAUAUGCUCGCGGUAUUAUCGCGCGCCGGAACUCAUUUUUGGCGCCAUAGACUACACAACCAAAAUAGACGUAUGGAGCGCGGGCUGUGUCGUAGCAGAGUUGUUAUUGGGUCAACCCAUCUUCCCUGGCGACUCGGGCGUCGAUCAACUCGUUGAAAUCAUAAAGGUUCUAGGUACGCCAACACGAGAACAAAUUCGAGAGAUGAAUCCAAACUACACAGAAUUCAAAUUUCCACAAAUCAAGAGUCAUCCUUGGGCUAAGGUAUUCCGCGCGUGCACGCCCCCGGACGCGAUCUCGCUAGUGUCCCGGCUGUUGGAGUACACGCCGGGCGCGCGGCUGUCCCCGCUGCAGGCGUGCGCGCACAGUUUCUUCGACGAGCUGCGCGAGCCGGCCGCGCGCCUGCCCAACGGCCGCCCGCUCCCUCCGCUGUUCAACUUCACCGAGUACGAGCUCAGCAUCCAGCCGUCGCUCAACGAGUUCCUGAAGCCGCGCGCCGCUGCCGCGCAGCCGACGGACGCGCCCGCGCCCGCGCCCUCCGCGCACGUGGAGCCGCACACGCCAACAGGCGAGAGCGGGGCGGCGGGCGGUGCCAGCGCAGGCGGCUCGGCGUCGUAGGCUCGCGGCGUCUCCCUGGCGAUCGACACUCGCUCCUAUGCUACUUAGUGAUAGUCCUUUUUCGUGUUGGCCAUCGGGUAAAAUUAAAUGCAUAAUAGGUGUUUUCGGCGAGUAAUCGUGUGAUAACGUAGUGUAAUGAAAGCUUGAGCUGUCGUAGUCGGUGAGAAGGGUAAAUCCGCCGUAGAUUCUAAACCGUCGCGAUGUGAUUACUUUGUACUUUUGUAAAAGCUCGAAUUGUCUCUUUAUGUAUAUACCUUAAAAUAAAUUGAGUUCGUAAUGACGCUCGUUCGGUAAACGACAGAUUUUAUUAUAACGCCAUCCGGAUGGAAUUUUUACUCGUUUUAUUUUACCGUUGAGACGGAACGGCGUUCGCUCGCGUGCGAAGCUUUAUCCGCGACGAAGAGACAGUUACGUUUGUUUCACUAGAAUCACCUAUGAGGGAUAGCCACAUGAUACCCACUUUAAUGGAGAGUAUACUUGCUUGGGCCAUGUAACCAGUAGGAAAGACAUAUUCAGUAGUGCAUUAGCGUAUUUCUUGUUGGUACGUAUCACUAACUCAUGAAACUUGUACGAAGCGUAUUCCUAGCGUUGUUUCAACAAUGAAAAUUAGCAAUGGAGAACAUUUUUUUGCAAUCAUAGAGAGCAUACUUGUAAAUUUUUAUAACUAGCAUAAACUGAUCUCUCAAGAUAAUUAUAAUAUUAACGAUAUCUCAGAAUAUUAUGUAUAAACAAUUCAGAGGAUAUAAAUUUUUAGAAUUACUACAUUAUAGAAUAUUGUAUUUUUUGGCAACUUCUAUGUUAUGGAACAUUUUUAUUGCGAUGUACCUUAUUUUAUCCAAUGCUGGAUAAUUGUAAUGUAUUUUAAUAGCACUGUCGGUGUCCUAAUGUAACGACAUAGUUUUUCGAUAAUAUUGUAUUCUAUAUUCAAUAAAUGAUAUUUCUAUAAUAUAAAAUUUGUCAUUGAAAACACUAUGGUUAUUAGUAGUCAUCUAUGAGAAGAAUGUUAAAGUAAUGCUAUAAAUUUCAUUGUCAUAGUUUUAAGUAUUGAAGUAAUUUCAUUUUGCACUUGUAUUUGGCAUACAAUUACAAAUUAGGCAUCAUUCAAGUGUAGAAUAACGAAAUCUUUGAUUAUGGUGUAGAACUAGCCUAUUUUCAUAAUUUUCUUGGUGUAAAGUCCGAUACCACUUGCACCAUUUCGAGUACCGAGUAAGGCAGGCAGCUGAAGAUGCUCUUGACCCAGCUAAGUCUCUGUUGUACUUUCAAUUCCAUGCAAGAGAUGUUAAUAAUAAAGGGAAUUUGAGUCUCUGUUAUUAUUUCGUAAAUCGACAUGAGAUGUUUAUGAACCGAUAACAAAAGUGGAAUUGUCGUCGAAAGUAUACACUGACUUGCAGCAGAGACCCUGAGGCCUCUCAUUUGGACCAAGUCAUGCUUGCACAUGUCUGGUUGCAUAUGACGUUAGUUUUAUUAUUACAAGUGACUCGCAGUUAUGCCUUUUAUAAUCUUAACGCUGUAACUUUUAAACAUCAUAUUUCGUAAUUUUAAUAUUUCUUUUGAUACUAGCAUGCUUAGCGGGAUAAGUUCCCGCCCGUACUUUACGCUGGGACCUUGAAAUUUUCUAACACAUAAUUACUUGUGUAUUACUUUAUGUACCUACCUAUGUACUUUUAUAAUUACUUAUAAAUUAUUGUAUCUUAAGAACGCGCUCGGCGCACCAUUUUCAAAUCACAUAGUGGAGCUUAGAUGUGGUCGUAAUGGCUAUUGAUUUGCCGACACACCUUUUAUAAUUCGUGUAAAUAUAAUUAUUAUAUAAUUAUCUGUACGGUAUGAGUCGAGUGGCGCGCGGGGGCGCGGGGUUCGUUGACCUCCGGCGAGCCCACCGCGAACUUGCUAAGGGACACGGUAGUUUAGAUAUGCAUAUUUUUAUUAAGUCUAUCUAAUAUGAAUUUUGUAAUCGACGUUGCUUCUUAAGACCCUCUGUGUAAAAAAUUUAAGACAUACUAGUGACCUGAAUGUUUGAAGCGAUGUUAUUGAACGUCUCUAUCCCACUGAAUUCUCACUUUCACGAUUUCGUGCACAUUUACAUGAGAAUUUCCAAUAUGAAGUAACAAUGCAUAGUUCGAGAUGGGGUUAUGACAUACAAAUUAUUUAAAGUGAAAGUUUUCUUAUUACUAUUACUGUAAUAUUGAAUUUAAUAGUGAGUGAAAUUUGUAUUUGUUUUAAUUUUUGUUUUUACUGAAUUUGAAUACAUCGUAACACCCAUAUCGUUGUUAGUUAUGAAUGAAAAUAACAUUAUAAAAGUAAAUAUUAAAUGAAUAGUAAAAUGG